UUCUCAACCCCAAUUUGGUCUAGCUUCUAAGAGCUACAAUGGCCAACACGCCUUCAAUUACUGAAGAGUUUUCCCCUAAACUUUCACCUACAAAACACACUAUUAUGGAAGUGGUCUCCCCUAAACUUCCACUUCCUACAAAAUACUCUAUUAUGGAAGAGGCAAAAGCUAAUCGUUCACAAGAAUUUUCCAUUAACCAUGACAUCCCUCCAUCAAACUUACAAAAGACUGUUGCAGAGCUUGUAGGCACAUACUUCCUUAUCUUUGCAGGUUGCGCGGCAGCUCUUGUAAACAAAGUUCAAACACUAACCAUCGUGGGAAUAGCAAUAGUAUGGGGCCUAGUUCUGAUGGCAGCAAUAUACGCACUUGGGCAUAUCUCUGGUGCUCAUUUCAAUCCUGCAGUCACUCUAGCCUUGGCUGCUGCCCGCAAAUUUUCAUGGAAACUUGUACCUAUGUAUCUGUUGGCUCAAUUGCUGGGAGCAACCCUCGCUAGCCUGACCCUCAGGGUAUUGUUUGAUGACCAAGGUGGCAUCCAAGUAACAAUGACCCAAUACAAAAAUUCAACUAGUGAUCUUGAAGCCAUCACAUGGGAAUUCAUAAUCACUUUCAUAUUGAUGUUCAACAUAUGUGCUGUCGCUACUGAUCAGUGAUCACAGAGCGGUAUAUUGAUUAAGUUUGUAGUAGUUGCUUUUGUUUUACCUGCAAAUAUUUGGCGUACCUUAGAAGUUCUGCUUUCAAUAACUUCUCUGGAAAGACGUAAGAUAGAACAAGAGUUGUUGAACUUUGCUUUAUGUUCUUUUCAAUUCCUCAGGAAUCAACUUGAGGGAUAGGUUUUGGCUUCAUGCAUUGACCACAAUUCCCAUUAUUCUUAUUUUCGUCUCUCCUUUUCAUUUUGGUCUGUUUGAAAACAGUUGAGUCCAAAAAAUAAAAAUGAACAGCUGGAGAGACCAAUAGAGUUUAAUCAAUCUUUUGUUUCUCGCGAGAUUAUUGCACGGGCUGACAUUUUAUACGUACAAAUAUUAAUCAUGAUAAUUCUGAAUCUUUGAUUGACUAAAACAGAGCAGAGAUAUCGGUGGAGUUGCGAUGGGUGCUACACUGCUGUUUAAUGUAAUUAUAGCAGGGUAAAUGAACUUUCCAGUACCAUCUCAAUCAUUUUUGUACUUCAUUAUUGCUCUAACCAUUCUUCAUGCACAAUAAUUUUGAUCAUACCAUACGUCAUAAAAUUUUUGAACUCCUUGUAUCUGGCAGGCCAAUCACAGGAGCUUCAAUGAACCCUGCUAGAAGUUUAGGCCCUGCUGUCGUCUCUGGUGUUUACAAAAACCUAUGGGUCUUUAUUGUAGCUCCUAUUCUUGGCGCGAUGGCUGCAACUUUGGUGUACAGUAUACUUCGAGUGCCUUAACCAGAAAAACCUGACGAGAGCACCAAUAGCAUGUAUAAUGAACUUUAUAUUCACCCUGAAGUCUAAUCCAUAGCUAUCCUACUCUCAUAGAUGGAGAGGUCAUCAAUGCAUUAUUUUGAUCUAUGCCUGACGGCAAUGUUACAAUAGUCUUUACAAAGGGAGCCCACUCAAUUUUGCCUGCUGAUCAAUGCGUUUUUUAACUAAGAACUUCCAAAACCAAAUGGAACAAAUACGAAUCAAAGAAUUGGACGAAUAUAAGGUUACAGCAUUUUGGAAAGAAGCAUUCUGCUGUCAUUUUUCCAACCUAUAGCCGUGAUG